AUGGUUUAUAAGAAACUUAACUCAGCAAUAUUUCUCACGCCAAAACUUCUGUAUAUUGCAGUAAAUAUAGAGUAUUUUCUAUUCUACAAUCUACGACAGACAUUUCUUACUACAAGAGGGGUAACCGGCACACAGCAAACACUCACACUUAUUGUCAUGCUCUUGAGUACCUUCUUCAGUAAUAUGGGGAUUGCAUAUCUAGCAGACAAAUUCCAAAGACCCAAAGGGAUUCUUAUAUUUUGUUUGCUUUUCUCUUCUCUUCUGUUCCAAAUUCUGUUGCUUCCUAUUCCCUCUAUUUUAAUUUCGGCUGUUUUUGUACUAUACUCGAUGUUUAUUCUAUCCACACUUCCACUAUUAGAUAGACUGGUUCUGGACUAUUUGCAGAAGGUACUCCAGGCACCUGCAUCUCUCUAUGGAAGACAGAGAAUGUUUGGAACUCUGACUUAUGCAUUGAUUAACUACUUCACUGAGUCUAUUGUCUUUGGAAGUGGUGGAAAAAGCAGCAAGGAAGGAAAUUACUCAAGGCUUUGUAUACCAUAUAUUUUGUGUGCAUCGGUGGCUAGUGGGCUUGUUCUUUUGCUUGCACCUGCUGAUCGAGUUAGAAACGCACAAUCAUCUUCGUCUUCAUCCAGAAAUCCCCCACAGUUCUCAAAGGUUCUUAAGAACCCUGCAUACAUGUUCUUCUUGUUGAUUAUUCUUAUGAAUGGAAUUACUAGAGGAGUGAUGAGCAUGUAUCUAAGCAACUACUAUAAAAAUAUUCUUAAUUUUGUAGACUUCAAGCCACCUAAAUACCUUCCAACAUAUGUACAAUGGUGUCUGCAGGAGCUAUAUGCCAAUCCUAUGUCCACCUGCAGUACAUUUGGAAUUUUAUUGGAAAUAGGAUUGUUUUUCUGCUCAAAACCACUGCUAAAUAUGUUUGGGUUAUACUGGUCAUUUUUGCUGUCACAAACCGCCCAGGGGCUAAGAUUCUUCCUGUAUACAUUUAUAAAAGUAGAUGAUCCAUACAGAUUCGAGAAGUGUUGUAUGAUUGAGUUGCUAAAAGGUGUAAACUUUGGACUUACUCAUCUUUCAGGCGUGCAGCUGGCCACUUUAUUAGUGCCCAGCAAUCUGAAGUCAACGAGUCAAAUGAUUUACACUGGCACCUUUGUUUGUUUAGGAACAGUUGCUGGUGUAAUAGCCGGGCAUUUCCUUAAAAUAGACACUUAUGAAGGUGUGCAGAUGGUGUUUAAUGGCUGUGCAUAUCUGUCUCUUAUUGCAAUUGGCCUGAUUGUCUUAAAGUACGGCUUUAUCGACGGAAAGCUAUGGGGAGAGAAUAGAAAUGAAGUUCCUGCCCCUCCCUUGUCAGCACAAACAACACACAGCACGCUAGCUAGCCAGGAUUUAGACAAGAAGGAAUUGACUCCUGCUAACUAAAAGAUGCGGCAUACAGUAAUUUCCUAUGCAGCUAUAUAAUGUACAUCUAGUUUCAAUAUUUUAU